AUGAUCGAUCCAUCACAAGCCCACAGCAACAACAUUUCUCUAUCUCUGUUUCUCGAUCUAGCUUCUAUUAUUAAUACAUUCAAGAAUCAAGAAUGGUACGGAUGCCGUGUUGUAAAGCAGAAGGGUUGAAGAAAGGAGCAUGGACUCAAGAAGAAGACCAAAAGCUCAUCGCCUAUGUUCAACGACACGGUGAAGGCGGUUGGCGAACCCUUCCGGACAAAGCUGGAAGAACAGACAAUGAGAUCAAGAACCAUUGGAACACUCACAUCAAGAAACGUCUGGUCAAGAAAGGUAUCGAUCCGUUGACCCACAAAUCCCUUCUCGAUGGUGCCGGUAAAUCAUCUGACCAUCCCGAGACACCGCAUCCCGAAAAAAGCAGCGUCCAUCACGGGGAAGAUGAUCAGAAUUCAAAUAACAAAAAGUCGUCAGGAACAUCAUCAGCUCGGUUCUUGAACAGAGUAGCUAACAGAUUUGGUCACAGAAUCAACCACAAUGUUCUGUCUAAUAUUAUUGGAAGGAGUGGCCUACUUUCUAGUCACACUACUCCUACUACAAGUGUUUCAGAGUGUGAGAGGUCAACGAGUUCUUCCUCCACACCUACCUCUUCGAAUCUCCCCAUGAACCAAAGCAUAACCGUUAAUGCAACAUCUUUGUCCUCGUCCACGUUCUCUGACUCCUCCGAUCCGUUUUUGUACGACGAUAUCUUCGGUGACAUUGAAGAUAUGACGAGAUUUUCAUCGAGAUGUUUGAGUGAUGUUGUAUCUCACGAUGACGAAGAGUUCUUGAUGUCUGAUGAGUCUUGUUUGGAGAAUACUUCGUUCGUGAGGGAACUUGCAAUGAUCUUUCGAGAGAAUAAAAUCGAGACGACGUCGUUUAAUGAUAGCUACGUGACGCUGAUCAAUGAAGUUGAUGACUCCUUUGAAGGGAUUGACAAUUAUCUUGGAUGAGUAUAUUGAUGAUGAUGAAAAAUUGGCAUGUAAAUCAAUUAGAGUUUGAUUA